AUGGCUGCACGUGUGUCGAGGCAUAUCCACUCGGGACGAGAUCUGCGACAAGAACAAAUCGCGCAAGGAGUCUUAGGAGCACACCGACUGCUAAGAGCUGCGUUGCGACCGAUGCGACCGUCGCAGUUCGUCGCAAUCGGUCGCAUUGGAGAUGCGUGGGGCCUUCGUGGUGGGUUGCAGUACGCUUCGCAACGGAAUCGGACGAGUCGUUUCCUGUCGCGUCUUCGCAUUGGCUCGUGCUGCGUAUCUAUUGACUACAAGUUAUGGAAUCCUUGGAUACUUAACUUGGGUCGGAGAUUCUUGGAGAUCAUCGCCUGGUUUCUGGUCAUUUCCCACGCCUCCUUCGCAUCCAACAAGGAUGAUUCCAUCUACAUGAUCUUGCGCGACUACGAAGUACUGAUAAAAGAAACGCUCGAUGAGGUUCCCCAGUGCCUUAAACCAACACCUGUAUCUUGCUGCCUCGUCCAAUGCGAGAAGAUUGCAGAAUGUGAUGGAUUCACAUCACAAGUCAAUGGCAAAUGCGCCCUUUGGGAUUACGCAUUUGUUGACAUCGUGCCUUCUCGCCGUCCUUCAACAGCCAAAACUUACACACGGGUUUGCGAGGAGCAUUUCACUUCACCCGAUGUACCUGCUGCAUCCAUGGAGUUCACCCAGUGGAAAGGAAAAUAUCCAGCCCCAAUAGGUGCAUCUGUCACCUUCACAUGUCCAUAUGGAAAAAUCUUCAAUGAUGGCGCUUCGACACACCAGGCGAAAUGCACAGGAAAGGAAACUUGGGAAUACGACUACGACACCGUCCCCUCUUGCAUCGCUACAUUGAAAUACACUGAAAACAUUCUGCUUAUCUACACGGGCUACAUGAAGAUCCGGGCGAUCUGCCCAGACCAAGAAAAUGCUGUGCUGAUGCAGGAUGGAGGUCAAUGCCUCGGAGAUAGCUACCCACAGUGCCGAUUGACAGAAAAAGGAAAAGACUACAUUGGAGUAAUCGCUUGGACCGAGAAAAAGCAGAAGUGCGAGAGAUGGGAUACCAUGCCUCACGGGAUUCCAGAUGACUUUCUGAUCCCCGGAAAAGACCCCGAUUACAACUGGAUUUUCCCUCAAAAGAAGCCAUCCAAGUUCGAGAACUUCUGUCGAAACCCUACGUCCCGAGACCGACCCUGGUGCUUCAUUGACGAUCCUGUCGAGAAAUGGCAAUAUUGUAAUAUACCGCUCUGCAAAGACACCAGCAUCCCGGAAUGCAAGAUGACAAGAGGUGGACGAGAGUACAUGGGGAAGCGAUCGCAGACAGCGUCAGGCAAGGCAUGCCGUUAUUGGAAGAAAUCCUUGUCCAGCAACCCUGAGCGAUCUAUCUUGUUCCCUGAUGGCCUCAUUGAAGAUCACAACUUCUGCCGAAGUCCUGAUGAUGACCCGGGUGGUCCCUGGUGCUUCGUAGACCCCGAACCAACUCAAACAGACUGGGAAACAUGCGACAUCCCUCUCUGUCCUGGGGCGAAUGGAGAUGAUCCUGGAGAUUGGGAUUCGAGUUGGCUGAGUGAAGGUGGAGGUGGUGAAUAUGGCUAUGACGAUGGAGGUGAAGGUGAUUAUGGAAAUGGAGGUGAAGGUGGAGGUGGACGUGAAGAGACUUUCCUCUGCGACCUCGAACCAUCAAGCAUACCAGGCUUUUACACUUUCGACAGCUAUGCAAUCAAGCAAAACAGAGGAAGGCCCCAUGGAGGGAUCACCAUCGCAGCGAGACCAGAACUCGAACCCGAACUAAUGGCGAUGUCUCCGCAGCAUGUCGCUAUCUCCACAACCAUCGGAGAAGUGUUUUGUUUCUACUUCCCACCCAGCUGGGAAUCAUCUGACAUAGGACAAGAAAUUGCAACUGCCCUGAGCGCAGGCAAGGCAGACCCCACCCUGAGAAUAGUGACGGGUGACUUCAACUGCCGCGUGGACCCAAGCGCUCCCACCACAAAGGGACGGGAUUUACUUGACCUAAUGCACUCCUUCGGACUAGAAAUGGUCAACUACCCUGAGGAUCCGACCUAUAUAGCCCCAAAUGGGUCCAGCUGCAUCGAUCUAGUAUUCACCAACGCCAUGAUAUCCAAACACAUUACUGAACACAAGAUCCACAAAUCUGCAAACCGGAAACAUCAAUGCGUCACAACAACAUGGCGCCUGAAGAGACGCAAAAGAAUACAAAGAGUGGAAAAUCCUCCACGCCUGAAAAGGAAAGUGGAUAUCGAUGCCCUCCUCUCUCAUCCGGACUACCCCCAAAUAAAGGCUUUCAGCACGAUGCACAACGACAAGAAACUGGAAAUAUUAACACGCAUCAUCGUCGACUCCACCCCAAAAAUCAAGGCGAAUAAGCAGAUAUACAAGAAAUGGUUUGACAAAGAGUGCAGGGAAAAGAAAAAGGAAGCCAUGCGAGCACUCCAUCUCGCCCUAUUUGGACACACACCCCUGGCAGACUACAACCAGGUCAGACGCGAAUACAAGGCCCUCCUCAAGAAGGCAAAAGCUCAACACGAGGAUACCCAGCUUUUAAGGAAGAUUGAACAAAGUUACAUAACUCCUUGGGCUAUCCUCUCAAGGAGGCAAAGCUCCACACCUGCCCCAAUCACACAGGAACAAUGGGUCGACCACUUGACGCAUACCCUAAACCCUCCGACAGAUGCACCACAGAUCCAUGCCCCUGGGAACCUCUUUGAAAACCUCGACCCCAGAGCAUGUAAGAACCCCAGAGAAGAACCCACCAAGUUUACAGGAGCGAGAAGUGAGAAGAAACAAGAAGAGGGCAUUUUUCAAUACUUGAGACCAAGAAACAUAAGAAACAAGACACGGAAGGGAGAGGAGACCGAAACAAAGGACAUGCACCAUGAGGGUGAUGAUAUUGAAGAGACUGAGCACAGCAACCGAUGA